CAGCCAGUGAUCGCGGAGCGCGCGCAAUGGCGGCGGCGGGCAGCGCGGGGGGAAGCGGAGCCGCUGCGACAGAAAACUCACCUUGUCCUGUAGAUGCCCAUGAAGAACUCUUGGGUGAAUGUGAGAGUAUCUGGAAAAAGAUGGAAGAGUGUCAGAGCAAGCUAGCACUUCUAAGACCAGAAAAAACAUUAAAAUCAGGUGACAAGCUGUCCAUGUUAAUGAUGCAAGCCAGAGCUCUAACAGCAGAACAUAACGAAUGGCAACAAAGAAGUCCUGAAAUAAUUUCUGAAAAUCUUGAUGUACUGUUAGCAUUGGGAAAAGAAGAGCUGCAGAAAGUACAAAAAGAUCUUGAAAUGGUGCUGUCAACAAUUCAGUCAAGGAAUGAAAAACUGGACGAAGAUCUGAAAAGAGAACAGCAGUGGCAUGAAGAACAGAAGCUGGUACUAGAUGCUCUUAAUGAAAUUGAAAAAGAGAAAAGCAAUGAAGCGAAAAAACUUUCCAGAACAAGUUUGAAUAGCAGAGCAUUACAUGAGCUGCAACAUCAAGAGAAGAAAUUAAAUAUGUAUAAGAAGGAACUUUUGAAUGCUCUGGGUGAAUUUCUAGAGGAACAUUUUCCCCUUCCAGACAAAAGUAGAAGGACUAAAAACAGUAAGAAUUCUGGAGAGCCAGCUGUAGAACUGAUAACGCUGCAUGAAAUUUUAGAGAUUCUUGUAAACAAGUUAAUGCGCACACCACAUGACCCCUUUGUAGCAAUUGAGGACUCGUUUUGGCCACCGUAUAUUGAGCUGCUGCUGCGAUGUGGGAUUGCCCUGAGACAUCCAGAAGAUCCAAACAGAAUACGCCUAGAGGCCUUUCACAUCUAGUGUGACAUACAGAUAUGUUUCCUUUAAAACAAAACAAAGCACCAGUACUUUGCUGGGGGCUACAAAAUAUAUAUUUGGCCAGUGUGAAAUACAAAAAGCCAAAAUUUCUGCUCAUGCUUAGAGUUGUCUUUCAGUUUUUUAGCAAGUGAUGCAGAGAUCUGCAUUGUGGAGGGUUUUUUCAGCUGCUCUAAUGAGAUGCAGGUUUAGGUAAUAGAGAAAGUAUAGAUUAUUAACCAUCCUUCUUACUUCUGAAAUAUCUUCUACAUUAAACUUGUCUAAUGUUAGUUUUUAAUUCUCUUAAUUUUCUUCAGUAUUUUGUUGCAUUUGGUAGAGGCAAAAUUUUAAAUAACUUGGUAUCUCCUUUACGUUGCCUUGCAGAUACUUGGAAUUAACAGUAAAAUAUCACCUCAA